GGGAGGGAAGGUAGGGGCUAGAAGGGAUACAGUUUUUGUCAAAUUUACGUCAAAAGUUGUUGUUUUUAGCUAACCCAAUAACCCAACCCAUUUUCCAACCUUAACCUAAUUAUCCUAACCUGCUGCGUAAAUUAUCAUAACCUGCUGCGUAAAUUGUCCUAGCCUGCUACGAAAAGUGAAAUUUGACAAAAACUGUAUCCCWUCUAGUCAAAACCAGGAGAGCAAUGGAAACGCGGGGGCUGGUCCAUCAUCCAGUUCUCAGCUAGUUGUGAGAAGCCGAAACGUGGCCAGAUUGAACAGGAAACCGACAGAAACGCGCUUUAGAACAACAUUGUCGAAGUUUACAGAGAUAUACUAACUAUACUAGCAGUCCGUAUUACUUUACACUCUAUCUGUUUUAACGUUUCUGUAGUUACACGUUGAUUGCAGUGGGAUACUACAAUUGUAGAUAGAACUUGUCUUAUUAAACAGGAAACGACACCUAUCAGCGCUCAUAUCCAAGCCGAAUUAGAUAACUACCUGACACAUUUUGGCGAAUUCUAAACACAACAUCGCUCUAGACGGUUGGUUACAUUGUAACAGUUUGAUAAUGACAGACACGGUCAGCGGUUCGGAUAAAAGCCUGUCCUUCGAGAAGACGUGGGGCAGCUCGACUAGCAGCGGAUACUACAGUGGGGACUCCGAUUCAGAGUUCGAGCAGUACUUCACUGCUCGCACAUCAUUCCUUCACAAACCCAAGAAGGAGAAGGAUGAACAGGUUGAAUGGGGGAAGCAGCAGGAUCUGUCAGUCACAGAGAUCCAGCAGAAGGUGAAGGAGUACAAUGCUCAAAUCAACAGCAACUUGUUCAUGAACCUGAACAAAGAUGGCUCCUACACUGGCUUCAUAAAGGUCCAGUUCAAGCUGCUACGACCCGUGUCAGUUCCCCCACCAAGAAAGGGUACUGCAACACAGGAUGGUGCAGGCAAGAAGACUGGGGGAGUUAAGCGUCGCACCUCUUUUUACCUGCCCAAGGAUACGUCCAAACACCUACAUAUCAGCUCCCGCACAUGUGCUCGUGAGGUCAUCGAAGCCUUGCUGAAGAAGUUCACCGUGGUGGACAACCCUGGAAAGUUUGCUUUGUUUGAGCGCACAAAGCGCCAUGACCAAGUAUUCCUGCGUAAGCUGCCUGACGACGAGCGUCCACUCCACCUGCGUCUGUGUGCUGGACCCAAUGACAAAGCCCUCAGUUUGGUCUUGAAAGAGAAUGAGACUGGAGAGGUCAACUGGGAUGCCUUCUCUAUGCCAGAGCUCAAGAACUUUGUUCGCAUGUUACAGCGUGAGGAGGAGGAGCAUGUCAAGCAGAUAGUGCAGCGCUACGCACUAGCCCGCACCAGGAUGCAGGAGGCCCAAGCUGCUAGUCCCACCCCUGGUGGUUCCACCCCUGGCUGAGAAACUGCUUCCCUACGGGACUACCUGCACCUCUGACUGACAAUCAUCAGAAGAUGACCAGUCACUGCAUCCAAAGAUCCCAGAGAACACAACUCGACACCUCCCUCAAAGGAGGAGAAUGAAAGAGCGAAUGAKAGCGAGCGGGCGCAUGAGAGCGAGCGGCAAGCGCGUGUGAGUGUGAGAGAAUCAGAAGUGCCAUACAACUGGAGAGAGUCUGUUGUGCCUGAGAGAGAAUGAGAGUUGAGAGAGAGUAUGUGAAACUGUGGCUGAUGAGAKACUGGCUUUGUCCAGUACUUCCUCUCAUUAUGGAGGUGCCAUUUGACUAUCCUGGGUAAGCUACCUGACUCGUAAUGUUCAUCACCUGUUAUUCUUGCUGGCAGCGGGGUCCAUAGAUUCUAUUAUUUAUAGCUUUUGGGUAACAAAUCAAUAGGCCUGUUUCUCUCCCUUACUGCCAAGCAAUACAAGGGAAGUCAACCUAUUAGCUCAGACAAAUGUUGAACAAAUUCAGAUACCGUCUGCUUCAGUAUCUCCAGGCCUUAAUGCUAGUCAGAAUAAUAAGUGAUGGACAUUAUGGGCCAGGUACUCCAGGUUUCCAUUUGACCCCAAUGUCUGCCAUAUACCUCCUGCACAUCCAUACUAUGAUGGAUGUUACUCUUUUUUGCUUUCCCUUUAUGAGGCUGAGUGGGAGUGCCCCGUGUGUUGGGAGCACUGUGAUUGUCAAUUGAGAGGACAAUCCCCAGGUCGAUUUAAUUGAUAGGGGAAUUGUCCUGAAACUUUGAACACUGAACAGGAAGCUGUUGCUUUUUAUGGAAUGUUUGUAUUGUCUAUAUUUGUAUGUUCUUUGUGAUGUUCUAAAACUCUGUUAAAACAACAAAAUAAUACAACAGAGAAUUUGUUUCAUAUUAUCAGCAUAUGUCUAUAUCUCUUGAAAUAAUAAUUUGACUGUCCUUGACUAUCCCCUUUUCAAUUUCAACAUUUUUAUGUUACAUAUGUCCAGUGUCAAAUAUUUGUUUAAAUAAUAAUAGAUUUGCACUGUCAACAUUAAACAAGUUCCUUCACAAAA